UAUUUUAUUAGGUAUUUAAUAUUUGCUGCAGGCAAUUUAGAUUAACAUAAAUCAAUGGCCAAUGCAACGAUGUGAUUGAACGUCAGUUGCAGUACAGAUAUUUUUAAUUUAUACUAUUAACCACUGGUUAAUAGUUAUACUAUUUAAAAUUAAAAAGUUAUUUUUAGUUACAAUUUUUUUGUUGACAAUCUUUAGUUAAUUUUGAAAUGUCUGACCAAGAAAACUUAAAAGAAAUGAAUACAUCCAGUAGUAAUGAAAUAUCAAAUAGAUUGCCGAGAAACGAUCAAGAUAGCGACACUAUUUGUAAUCGGUUCCAAGAAUCUUGUGAUUUUUACACGCCACAACAAAGCUUUGACGAACAGCAGACUUUGGUCAGAGCCAGCGAACAGCUUAAGGAACACUUAAGCGGCAAUUAUGGUUUUUCGAGUUUUGAAGAGUAUAAUUCUCAUAUUUUACCACCACGUUUAAAAAGUGAACAAGCCAACGCAAUAGACAUAGAUGACACAUGUCCAUCUAAUAAUAUGACUUUACCGAGUACGUCUAAAUCUCCAAAUCCUAUCAUGGGCAGUCCUAGUUCUUUGAAAACUAAACCACCAGUUACUGACGAUAAUAUUUCUUCAGAAAAUCUUUCAACGCUUAUUUUACAGUACUCGCCUGUGAAGUGUCAUUGGUUUUAUUGUAAAUACGCUAAUAAAAUUGUUUGGGUUCCGUUCAGUCAGAAAGAUUCAAACGCAUUAGAACAACAAUACCUUUCUGAAGGAUGUGAUGAAGAAAUAAUUAUACCAACAAAUGGUAGUCGUUUUGAUGUGCACCUAAACCAAAGAAUUCGUAAACCUGCAUAUUGGACUGAUGAGUCGACUGUCGUGCGGCGUAGUUCCUGGUUCUUCCGUAAUCGUAGCAGUUCCAACUAUAUUCCGUACGACGAACAAAUAGCUACGCUUUUAGAAGAAAACUACAAGGCAGCCUGGGACAGUAACGAAUGGGGUCGAAAAGUUCCGGUCGGUAAUUUUGAAGAAGUAGUAAUGCACAGUCCUACUGCCAUAAUACAUUGUGGCGUAUCUGCUGUACCUUUUAACACUGGUGACGAAAUCCCACCAGAAACGCAAGUAGACCAAAUAAUAAAUGUGCCUUCCAUAAAACAAUGUAUAGUUAAGCGGGGCUUAGACGAAUUUAUUAUUCCUGUGGACGAGCCUUCAAAAGUCGACAAUUUAAUGUUUAUUGUCCAUGGAAUUGGGGCUUACUGUGAUUUUAAAAUGAGACCGAUUUACGAAGUUGUGGACGACUUUCGAAGUUUAGCUCUUCAGCUGACACAGUCUCAUUUUAAAACGGCUUGUAGUUCUGAAACAAUCGGUCGAAUUGAAGUAUUACCUAUUUCUUGGCAUUUAGCAUUACACAGUGAAAGCAUUGAUCGUAAACUCAAAAGUAUUACUUUACCUUCGAUACCAAAACUCCGAGAUUUCAGUAACGACACUAUCUUAGAUGUAUUGUUUUAUACGAGCCCUACAUUUUGUCAAACUAUAGUGAAUGCAAUAGGAAAUGAAAUGAAUCGCAUGUACAGUCAGUACCGAAUUAGAAAUCCAGAUUUUAAUGGUCAUGUUUCUAUUGGCGGUCAUAGUCUAGGAUCAUUAAUUUCUUUUGAUUUGCUGUGCAACCAGCGACCACCAAACCCUGCAAAACAAACUACAAGCAAUGAUCCAACAUUUGAUUCGACUGUUGAAAAACAAAAGAGUAAACUAAGUCGAGGAGUGUCGUAUGUAACUUUAGGAAAAGCCGGUACUGGACAACCGUACAUCACAUAUCCACAGUUAAAUUUUGGACUCGAUUAUUUCUUUGGCUUUGGCUCACCGAUUGGCAUGUUUGUCACUGUGCGAGGAAUUGAGAGCUUAGGAGAAAACUUUAAAUUUCCCACGUGCCCUGGCUUUCUGAACAUUUUUCAUCCCUACGAUCCUGUUGCUUACCGUAUAGAACCUUUAAUAAAUGCUGCAUUUGAAAAUAUACCUCCUGUUCAAGUACCGCAUCACAAAGGUCGCAAACGAAUGCAUUUAGAAUUAAAGGACACCAUGGCACACGUGGGAGCUGCUUUGAAAGAUCGUCUUGUAAAUACAGUGAAGACCACCUGGAGUACAUUUUACCAGAUGGCUAUGUUUACUAAAAGUACCGAAGCAACUAAUUACAAUCCAAGAAUGGUGUUAGACCAACAGCUUAAGUCACAAGCAGAAUCUACAAAACAAAGUACAUCUCAUAGUAGUUCUAAGAUUGGAAAUCUCAAUAAAGGCAACAGAGUGGACUAUGUGUUGCAAGAGGCUCCACUCGAAAGUUUCAAUGAAUAUUUAUUCGCCGUGGGAAGUCAUUUAUGUUACUGGGAGUCGGAAGAUACUAUUUUAUUAGUGUUGAAAGAAUUAUACUCAGUGUUAGGCGUUUCACCAGACAGUCAAGUGCAACACGCGACAAUGUUACCGUUUGAUUUAGAUGAUGAAGACGACGGUUCAAACUAUUCAACUAGUUUGCAGUUUGAAGAGCCUCCAUUACUUAAUUUAUCGUUUAGCUCUCUGCCGCCUAUUUUUGAUGAUAAACCGGAAAAUUAGUUUAAAAUAAUAAGAUUAAUGUCAUAUCAAAUUUAUAAUAUUUAAAAAAAACCUUACUUUAUUCUGUGAUAAUUUACAACUCUUUACGUAUAAAUAUUUUUUUAAUUAGAAAUUUAAACAUAUACAACAAUAAUUAAAUAUUCAUAUAAAUGUGUGUUAUAAUUUAUAAUUUAUCACAAAUACAUCACAAAAAAAUUCUUAACACUAUA